ACCCAACUAUAUAUUGCGCAUAUUAGCUUUAAUUACCGCUUCUCCUCUGUGGGCAGGUUUUGUGGCGUCGUGGAUGCCCUCUCUGGCAAUGUCACUCUAGCUACGACAGCAGCAGCUAAUAUACCCGCCCUGGUACCCAGCCAUAGCUGCGCUAACUGGACGACAGCGCCAGAGGCUGCGGAUGGGAACUGCACGAGGCUGACGCGCAAUGGACUGAUCAGAUGCUAUGGCGGCAUGAACAAUGUGGGAGCACUAAACUCGAAGCUGGGCAAAGUUGUGCAGGCACAACAGAUGCUAUUAUGCGGCUGGCCCCGGGAGUCCUUCAAUCCUCUGCGGGAGCUGCAAAAGUUUUCCCAGCUGCGCUCCCUGACCAUCGAGUACAGCGGCUUCACGGAGUUCAACAUCGAUUUCCCGGAUAUGUAUCAUCUGCAGGCCAUAAACAUUUCAUGGACGAAUCUCUCGUAUAUUUCGACGCGCACCUUUAAGCGCAUUCAUGCGCUGCAAAUCUUAGAUCUGCGCUGGAAUCAGCUCAUCCAACUGGAUGGCCCACUGAUGCUGCCCCACUCCUUCCAGCAGCUCUACCUGGCCGGCAAUCCGUGGAACUGCACGCGCAACUUCAAGUGGCUGCUGCUCCAGCCAGAGAAGGGUCGCCUCGUAGUGGACCGCGAGGAGAUCAUCUGCGCCGACCGCAAGUACAAAGAGCGACAAAUGCUGCUGGUCAUGCACUACAAGGUGGUCCUGCGCAGGGAGUGUCAAUCGCAUCCAGAUCUGCUCAACUGCACCUGCCUGAUGCAUCACAUAAUUCCCAAGUCCUACAUUCCACUCUACACGGUCAACUGCUCGCAUCUCCAGUUUCACAAUCUGCCCGCCUAUUUGCCAGAGAAUACAACCACCUUGUACAUCAAUAAUAAUCAGAUCAGUGAUAUUAAUCCGCUGCGGGACAAUCCCCACUAUCACCACGUGGUGGACGUGCAUCUGGAGAACAACUUGAUCUCGAACAUCGACGUGCUGGAGGACACCUACUGGCUGCAGAACUUUCGCCUGCUCAACCUGCAGGGCAAUCAGCUGCGCAAGCUGCAGGUGUACGCCAUGGACAAUGCGCUGAACGACAACGAGAAUGCGAAUCUCUUGCUGGUGAGCAAGAAUCCCUGGCACUGCACCUGCAAGUUUGGCAUGCGACUGCGCGAGUUCCUCACCAAAUACAAGGACAUUGUGCGGGACGCCCGGAAUGUCACCUGCACCUAUAUGCAGGGCGACGAGCUGCGUCAGGCCAAGGUCUUGACCCUCACCCGCCACGACAUGUGCAACAUCAGUGCCGAGGACGACACGCGCAUCCAUCCCAUUGACUGGCUCAACUGCGUGCUGGCCAGCCUCAUCGUCCUAAUCCUGGGCAAGCUGGCGUAUGACUAUUAUUUCUAUAGGUAUCACGGACGGGUGCCAUGGAUAGUGAUGAAAAUGCCGUAGGAAAGUU